AUGUUCGAACGAAUGCACGAAGCGCCUUACACAAUCGAACUGACGGACAAGACCAAACUUCUCGACGCUGCGCUCUUCUACCAGGAGAGCUGGGCCGAUCCGAACUACACAAUGAGCGACUGGGACGACGAAUCUGUGUGGGCGUGGGGUACCAGAGGGAUGGUGAACUUUGGCAUGAUGAGUUUGACCAGCUUGAACGGUAGUUUGGCUGAGGACAGGCUGGCUAACGAUGCUUGCUCUGAUGCAUCGAUAAGCUUCGCCGAUGGCAUCGCUGAGAGAGAGCCCAGCGUUAAUGCUUGUUCCGACUACUCGUCGAUUCAUUCUCUCGAGCGCGUCCUGACGGAUGAGGUCACCAACGGCGGUCUCUUCAUCAUGGUAGGCUCGAGUACGGAGGAUCUCUCUUCCGCUGAGAAUGGCGAAUCUCUGAGCUCCAAUCAGCAGCACGACCCGACGAACAAUUAG